AUGGAGCAACUCUACGACGAUGCACCCGACAAUAAAUUCGGGGCUAUUGGAUUCCUUUCUUUUGCUCGACUUCAUCAUCUGAACUUGCAUUAUUUUGAAGUGGAACUCGCACGCGAACUGAAAGACCUUAAGACACAGGGGAAUACCGGAGAGACUCAGAUCAUGAAGAUCCGGAAAUUGCUGCGCGAAUAUAAUGAAGCUAUCAAGGACUAUGAAACCGUACUCGGGCGCAACCGCCAACCGCCAAAGGGGAUAUUAACAUCGUUCCACCAAGCCUUGCUUCCACACUUAAAAGAACUCAUCAACGAGAGCGCCUACAUUUGGGAAAAUGGCUAUAUCUAUCUUCCAACCACUACACAAUGGGCAAACGAGCUCUUUGGCAGAAUAUUCGGGGCCUUGUUUGGUAGGCUAGCCCUAAUCACCCCAAUGCUCAUUAUGGCAAUCAACACAUCACAAACGAAAAGCCUUAUUACGGCGUCACUCGCAACUAUUGUAAUGGCACUCGUCGUUGCAUCAGUUGCUAGUGGACCGGACUCAUGGAAGGAUGUGGUUGGUAUCACCGCUGCUUUUGCCGCUGUGCUGGUAGUAUUUGUAGGAACAAGUACGGGCACGAGCGCAAGUAGUUCAUAG